AUGGAAGAUGAAAACUGCGACAAAGAUUUAGAAGUGGAAGGUGAAGUCAUUUAUGACGUGGAAGACGAAGUCGUUGAAGACAGUGAUUUACGAGUGGAAGACGAAGUCGUUGAAGACGAUGAUUUACGAGUAGAAGACGAAGUCGUUGAAACGAUGAUUUACGUGAGGAGGGCGUGCUACAACGAUGUGCGAUUAGAAGAGAAAGAAAAUAACCUUUUAGGAGCUUAUGAUGCUAAAAAACAUGUUAUGUUUUAUAGAUCUCGAUUCUCAGCUUCAAUCGGCGCAAGUCCGAUGGACUUAUUGUCACCUCUUCGACGUGGGCAGGGCUUGACAACAAGGGAAGAAGGCGAAGCUGAGUUCAAAAACGGCAGUGACUGUGCUGAAAAACGCAAAAGCAUUGGACGUCAAGCAACUGCACGAUAA